AAGUGAGAGUAUGUGGUCCUCUGUGUGUCUCUGCUGGCGUCACCACAUGAUGAAGCUAUUCAGGAACACUGGAAUAAAUUAAAACCGUGUCCACAGCAGGUGUCAUGAACGCCACGUGAUGAUUAAAGAUUUGCUGUUGGAGGAGCUGGCCUUCAGUUCAGCAGCUUCACAGAGUGUCGAUGCGAGCAGGAGCAGCGAUCCAGCUGAUGGGGAGGUGCCAGGUUCAGAUUAUGCAGGAUUUACCAGGAAUGACAAAGGUUCAGUCUGCGCAAAUGUCUACAGUGAUCUGCCAGCUCCCGUGGCAGCUUCCCCAGACUCCAGCUCACUCAACGAGGAGCUGGACUCCAUCUUGCAGGAUCUGAUGAGUCUGGGACAAGGGGAUCAAGAGCCUUCAAUGAGCCCACCACCGCUUACACAGGAACAGUCAAAAAGGAAAACAGAAGGUGGGCAGCAGGAGAACAAGGAGAGCAGCAGCAGCGUAGCAGCUUCAGAUGCAGAGGCCUCGACCACGAACAAGAAAACAGAUACUAUAGAUGACCUGCUGGGAGGCCUGAGCUCUGACCUGGAGAAGAUUGGCGUACGCACUACAGCCAAGGGCCACUGUGCUUCCUGCAACAAAUGCAUUGUGGGAAAGAUGAUCACGGCGCUGGGCGAAGUGUGGCACCCUGAACACUUUGUGUGCGUGGCGUGUAAAAUGGAGCUGAGCACCACAGGCUUCUUUGAAAGAGAGGGGCAGCCGUACUGUGACAAGGACUACCAUCAGCUCUUCGCUCCUCGCUGUGCAUACUGCAAGGGGCCCAUCAUGCAGAACAUCCUGACAGCUCUGGACCAGACCUGGCACCCCGAGCACUUCUUCUGUACACACUGUGGAGGCCUGUUCGGACCUGAAGGCUUCCUAGAAAAGGAUGGGAAGCCAUAUUGUUGCAAGGACUUCUACAACCUCUUUGCUCCCAAGUGCUCAGGCUGUGGGGAGACAGUAAGGGAGAACUACCUGACUGCAGCCAAUGGCACCUGGCAUCCAGAGUGCUUCGUCUGCUCGGACUGUCUGAAGCCCUUCGCUGGUGGCUGUUUCAUGGAGCUGGACGGUCGACCCCUCUGCUCACUGCACUUCCACUCCCGGCAGGGCACUCUGUGCGGCAGCUGUAGCGAGCCCAUCACGGGCCGCUGCAUCUCUGCUCUCGACCGCAAGUUUCACCCCGAGCACUUUGUGUGCGCCUUCUGUCUGCGGCAGCUCAGCCAAGGCAUCUUUAAAGAGCAGAAAGGGAAGCCAUACUGCGCGGCUUGCUUUAACAAACUGUUUGUGUGAGACAUAUGAUGCAUAACACUCACAGUCAUUGUAUCGCUGUCAAUGCCGAGAUUGUAAUUUCCAAUAAUUUGAUUAAAUUAAAAUGAGACAAGUAUAUUAUUCUUACAUUAGAGCACAUUACAUUACAAGACUGUGUUUGCAAUGGUGCAGAACACGUUUCAUCUUCCAGUACUUCAUGACCAACUGAGGUAUGUGAAAUUUUAAGUUGUUCUGGAAUUUAAUUACAAACAAACAAACAGACAAACAAAAGAGUGUCAAACAUGAAAUGUGGCACAAAUUAUUUAUAGAUUAUGUAAAUAAUAUCAAGGGAGAAAUGCUAACACUGUAACAUAAUUAAUGACACGGUUGUAAAACACAAGAAAAACAUGUCUUUCCCAUGAUAAAAACACUGAGGAAACAUUUAACAUAUGUGAAGUUUGGAUGGUUCUACAAGGUGUGUUGCUGAGUUGAGUAAAUUAUACAGGAUUUCAUAUAUCAUGGUGACAUAAAAUGUAUAAAUGGAGAAAGAAAAAGACAGAGGUGCAGUUUUAAUCCGUGGUUUCCAUUGAGCUAUCCUCAGUAUGCCAUAAGACUUGGCAGUCCAGAGAUACUCUCUGGCAGUGUGGAGCGGUUCGUCAAGGGGCUUGUCUAUGUGGUCUGAUAGCUUGUAUUGGCAGUGGCUGGCAUGGAAUCGGCGUGCCAACCUGAGUUUCCUCUUACUCUGACUUACCAUUUGGCCCCUGGCAUGCACUGGAUUCAAACAACCUCUUCAUUCUCCACACAGGCUGCUUUAUAGCCGCCUAUGGAAGAUUAAUGAAGGUGGUGAGGUGAACAAAGGCGGGUUCAGAGGGAGCUCCUACACAUCACUGCAUCUCUUCAGCAACUCACUCUGACUGUUGAGGGAUGGAUCAACCACAAAGUGUUUUAGAGUACAUUUACUUUUGGUGAUGUACCUUUCAUGUCUGGGCCAGGCUUUCUUGUUGCCUUACACAUUUUUGUUCACCCCCACUGAUAACGGAUGAAAUGCGGCACAGUUAAGAUGUAUGAGAGGAAAUGUCUUAUCUAUUUAAAUGUAAGAUGUUGUCAGUGCAGAAUCACAUAACAAAAUCAAUGUUUUGCACCAACACAAACUGCAAUUUCAAAAUUGCAUUAAUUGCAACAAGCUCUUGAAUUCAUUUAGUUUUUUCCUUACUCAGAGGUGACAACGAUUCUGUCAUCUACUGUGGUGGAUCUUUAACUGAAGCAGAGUUACGCGUGAAGCAACAAAAUUCACAUUAACCUCUUCAUGAUGUACGUGCUCCAUUUUUGCUUGCCUUAUGUGUGAUUUUCCUGCAAGAUCUACAUGUCCUUGGACACGGCAUCAAGGACCAUGUGACAAUUGUUAAAUGACUAACUUCAGCAUUCAAGAUGUUUUAAAUCUCUGCAGCUGAUUUUAAAUAACCAAUGGAAGGUAUGAAAUGAAAAAAGUGUGAAGAACUUUUGCAAAGGACUGAACAUCACAGGGAUAAUCUGUAAAAUACUAAAGCUAACCACACUUGCCUAAAUUUUCUUGGUACCCACCUCUGCAGAAUACAAAAUUCUGACCAACGUCAGUCUGUAUCUUGUCAAACAGUUUCUUAUGUUCAGAUGAACACUGGCCACUCUUUGUUGGGCCGUAGAGGCAGCUUUCCUCAGCUUUUCUUCAAGUCACUUAGGCUCGCCGUGUGUGAAGUUAGCGUGUGAGUGGGAGCGGAGGUGAGCAUUAAUCAUGCUGUCAUCACCGUCAGACCAGGCCUCUCGUAGCCUCUGCAGAAUAUGGGCCUUGCAUCAUGGAAGAAGUGCAAAUGUAUCGUGCUCGGUCAAAGUCCAAGAUCGUAAGUGUUUAAUGAUGUGACGGCCUUGUGCCCAGAUUCCUACCGAACUCAAAGAUAUACUGUAAUGUUCAAUUUUACACCUCAGAGAUUUGCAUUGUGUUGUAAGAUGCAAUAGGAAUUUCACUUUCCGACAUGGAACAAUAUCAAGUUGGGUCUGAUGUGAAACCGCGUCAUGUGACUUCAUGAUUGAGGGGCGAUUAUGUUUACUCUAGUAAUAAAAAUGUUUCUUUCUGCACCA